UGCGCUGCAGAUAAUGGGCGCUCCGUUGCCCUCGUCCCUUUUUCUACCGACUGCAUGGCAGCCAGUCUAGCCUUCUAUCAUGAGACGUGGUUGUUGCCCGUGGAUGUUCGAAGAGGAGCUGUUCGGUCCCGCUGCCGACUCUGUUCCCGGUGAUGGAGUCCUUCACCGGUCUGAGUCUAUUCCGGCGUCAUAACUGGGCUGCUCACUGCUGUUUGCGUCUUUGUUCAGGUGACGCACCUCAGGGUGUUUCAUUCAUUUUCCUCGGUCCCGAUGGAAUGUCCUGUAUCGCUACGUCACUCCACAUGCCGUACCCCGCCACUGAGAUGGUCUCCUCAGGACUUGCUUCCGCUCUCAUACACUGCCGGACUUCAAUUAUAAAUAGCCCUAUGACAUGGUACACGUUGAAAAGAAAUGCGGAGGUAUAUCUGCGAUCAAUGAAAGUGGCUUUUUGCGACGUGCAUAUACCGGGCUUCUAUGAACGAACGGUAGAACAAGGCACCCCAGUCCUAGUGGAGUGGAGCAGGGCCACCAGUGACGACCUCUCCCGCAUCCCUCGCCAGCAGCAGCGCACGCGGAGCCAGUUGGCGGAACUGGGUAUCGGAGAUGUAGCGAUUGUGGGUCGGCACGCAUGGCGCGCCGGGUCGGGCGAGACCAGGGCCGCCUGCGCCAGGAGAGAAGGAGCGAGGUCGCAAACGAGCGGGCUCCGAGGGAGACGGCGUGGUAGCGCUGCUGCACGGGGGUCUGUCGGAGAGGAUGGGGCUGGGAUUAUGACGCAAGCGGACGGCUGUCUGUAACGCAAUGCAAGUGUAAACGCGAGUAAGGACCGGACAGGCCGUAUACGGCCAAACAUGCAGGGCGUAGAACCGUACCAAGGAUUUGUAGAAGAGUCCGAGCAGUAACGACGAAGGGUGCGUAGGUAGCGACAAAGUCCGCGGAGAACAAAGGUAUCGACCUGAGGACAACACGGAAGGGUAA